UUCCAGAGUGGGGCAAGGAUCAACAUCUCGGAGGGAAACUGCCCCGAGCGAAUCGUGACCAUCACUGGCCCCACCGAUGCCAUCUUCAAGGCUUUUGCCAUGAUCGCCUACAAAUUUGAGGAGGACAUAACCAACUCCAUGAGCAACAGCACUGCGACCAGCAAGCCCCCAGUGACCCUGAGGCUGGUCGUGCCAGCUAGUCAGUGCGGCUCGCUGAUCGGCAAAGGAGGCUCCAAGAUCAAGGAGAUCAGGGAGUCCACAGGUGCUCAGGUUCAAGUGGCGGGGGACAUGCUGCCCAACUCCACGGAGCGGGCGGUGACGAUCUCGGGGACACCCGACGCCAUUAUCCAGUGUGUCAAACAGAUCUGUGUGGUCAUGCUGGAGUCCCCACCAAAAGGUGCCACCAUUCCCUACCGCCCAAAGCCCGCCUCCACCCCUGUCAUUUUUGCAGGUGGUCAGGCCUAUACAAUUCAGGGACAAUACGCAAUUCCACACCCGGAUUUGACCAAGCUCCACCAGUUGGCUAUGCAGCAAACCCCCUUUACUCCCCUUGGACAGACCACCCCCGCUUUCCCUGGAGAAAAGCUGCCCUUACAUUCCUCCGAAGAAGCUCAAAAUCUGAUGGGCCAAUCAUCAGGUUUGGAUGCCAGUCCCCCGGCCAGUACUCAUGAACUCACCAUUCCCAAUGAUCUAAUAGGCUGCAUCAUCGGACGCCAAGGGACCAAAAUCAAUGAAAUUCGGCAGAUGUCGGGAGCGCAGAUCAAAAUCGCCAACGCCACGGAAGGGUCAUCGGAGCGCCAAAUUACCAUCACGGGAACCCCUGCCAACAUCAGCCUCGCGCAGUACCUCAUCAACGCCAGGUGA